CCUGCUCGAGCUGUCAUGGCACGGAGCGGCGGGUGACAUGAGCGCCUCUGUGACGUCAGCCGCGGCCGCUUUGUUUACUUCCGGUAUGGUGACGUCAGUAGCUCUGACGCGCCCUUAAUGCUUUGGAACCGGUUGUCAUAAAAGUAAACCCAAAACACAGGCCUUAAAAUGACGGCUUGUCUCAGUAAAAAGAUAAAAAGUGGGUUGUUUUUGUUGGCAUCCGUCAGCUACAGUUCCCAGGUUUUUCUUAAGUGGCUACGACUCAUUGAAUAUGUAUUUUAUGAUGAUGAAAUGUACUUUUGAACAGCUUAUUUUUAUAGACCUGAAAAUAUAGACAUUUGCUUUUACUUAGUUGCUGCAGGUUUUAAAACGCAGGUUUCACCCCGUCCUCUCCUCCUCUUUUUCUCCAUCCCUGCACUCUGCAGACCCAACAAACCGACUUCUCAGCUGAACCCUCAGUCCAAUUACACGUAACGUGGCCGACGUAACUCAUCAAAGCCCCGUCAGUUCAGCGACCUCUGUGUUUCCAUGCAGACUGACAUAAACCGCAACCCCCUGACCUCCACUAACGCCACAUCGCUUCAUCACCUGGGGACGUAGCGCGUCACCUCGACAGGUAAAGUCUGUCUCCGGAGACUUUCUACGGAACCAGAGACCGGAGUCAACUGGGCAAGACAUUCCACUCACUACUAGUUAACCGCAAAAGAAGCUACUCAACAUCCAGCUUUGAGUACGUAAGAUGACACAAAGCUUUUUAAUGUGAAGAAAAUCAAUUCAGUUCUAUUCGGACACAACAAAGAUUCUGGGGAUCUUUGACUUUUAUUUACAUGAAGAAUUUUAACGGGCGAGCUGCAAAAAUAAUUCCAAUGCACCAGAAAAUAAAGGACAUUUGUGAUGGAAACAUUUGUAGUCGAGUGUGACACGUUUUGGGUCCCGAGCUCGUCGGCUGGGGUGUUGAGAGAAGAUGGGGGAGACGAGGUCUGCUGAUGACCGUUAAUCUGAUUUGUUCAGUGUGGUUGACUCUCGAGCUGGUGUGGGAAAAUACUUCUGGAGGCCCCGAGGAGCCACACAGUCCGCCUCAUUAAGAGGACGCGGGUCUUUCCUUUUAAACGAUCUUCCGGACGUUGGAAGUUUAGGUUGCGCUCGUCCUCGGCGAUGCAUCGGCUCACCACGACGUACGAGACGGUGCCUCUGCUGCAGGUUUCCUGCUCUUCUGACGGUCGAGGGGGGAAACCGUGGAGUUCUGCUCUCAAGAUGAUCCCUCACGUGUGCAAGAUCUUCCCUCUGGUUCUGGUCGGGCUGGUGGUGUUUGCCGUGAGCGGGAUCUUUGCAGACCCCCUGAACGACUGCCUUCAGGACACCGACUACGGCGAGCUCCUGGACCUUGUGGUCAAAGGCCUUCCCGCCUCCAAGACGCCUAGCCACAUCGCCGUCAUUGGAGGGGGCGUCGCCGGUCUGACCGCCGCCAAGCUCCUUGAAGACGCCGGACACACGGUGACCAUCGUGGAAGCCAGCAGCCGCAUCGGAGGACGGGUGGAGACCUUCAGGGACAGCAGAGAAGGCUGGUACGCAGAAGUGGGCGCCAUGAGGAUCCCCAGCUUCCACAAGAUUCUGCUCUCCUUCGCCUCCAAGCUACAAGUUACCCUGAACCCCUUCAUCCAGCACGACGUCAACACCUACUACCUGAUCAACGGCGUGCGCCACAAGACGGGCGCCGUGGGCGACGACCCGGACCUGCUGAACUACAGCCUGAGCGAAGGCGAGAGGGGGAAGUCGGCCGCUCAGCUCUUCAGUCAGACGCUCUGGAAGGUGCAGGACGACCUGAAGGCCGUUGGCUGCAGAGCCAUGAUAGAUAAGUACGACUCCUACACAGUGAAGGAAUACCUGGUGAAGGUGGGCAAUCUGAGCCGUGGUGCCCUGAGGAUGAUCGGGGACGUCCUGAACGAAAACAGCCUCUUCUACACUUCGCUGAUAGAGAUGUUGUACAUUCACGCAGACAUCAGCGACAGCACGAAGUACUUUGAGGUGUCUGACGGUUUCGAUCACCUCCCGCGGGCUUUACACCAGACAUUAAACGCCACCACCCUCUUCAACUCCAAGGUCAAGCGGAUCAAUCAGACAGGUGGCGGCGGCGGAGUGACGGUGACGUACCAGGACGGGCGUGGCUCGGGCCCGCUGACCGACCUGGUGGCGGACUACGCCCUGGUCACGGCUUCGGCCAAGGCGGCCGUCUUCAUCGACUUCCAGCCACCUCUCUCCGCGGACAAGAUGGAGGCUCUGCGCUCGGUCCACUACGCCAGCUCCACCAAGGUCAUCCUCAGCUUCGCCGAGCGCUUCUGGGAGAAAGAAGGCAUCAGAGGGGGCAAGAGCGUCACGGACCGGCCGUCGCGCUUCGUCUUCUACCCCAGCCACGGCUUCCGCGGCACGGCGGCGGGCGCCCUGCUGGCCUCCUACACCUGCUCCGACGACUCCACCCUCUUCCAGGGCCUGAGCGAGGAGGAGCUGAUGGCCGUGGUGCUGGAGGACUUGACCAGGAUCCACGGGGAGCACGUCAGGCCUCUGUGGACGGGGGGCCUGGUGAAGAAGUGGGGCCUGGACCCAUACAGCCUGGGGGCCUUCGCCCUGUUCACGCCCUACCAGCAGGGCCAGUACGCCGCCGAGCUGUUCCAGAGCGAGGGCCGGGUGCACUUCGCCGGGGAACACACCGCCACGCCGCACGGCUGGAUCGAAACCGCCAUGAAGUCGGCGCUCAGGGCGGCGAGGAACAUCAACGCGCUCACGCUGUAGUCAGUGAGAAGAGGAAGACGUCUCUCGGGAUCCGUCCCACCCGCUGGUCCACCCGCACGCCUCCUGGACACUUUCCCUCCGAUGUCACUUUGACCUUUGUCUUUGUGUCUCGUACAUAUUUAUUGAGUGAGGCGUAAACACGACGUGGUACACGACGCGUGAUUUUUAAACCAAUGAGUUUUCUCAGCUCCGGUGACGCCGCUGAUUGCUCUUUAAAAUUUUAGACAUUGUCAGAAAAUUGUGAAAGAAGUUUCCAAGAGUCGAAGCUUGUAUGCUGAUUGUUUGUUGAGACCAAAAUGGCAGAAUAUUACAAACAGUUAUUUCAUUAUUGAAUCAGUUUUUUCCUACAAUUGACUUUAACAGUCGACUGAUAAAAACAACAUUUCCAUAUUUAUGAGUUUUACAAAGAAGACCACUUUGUUUUUAGACUGAAAUGAGAAAAUACUAAAUCAGACAGCUUACAGAAUACAGGUUGUUCUUUAGAACACAUUUGUUACUUGACUUCCUUAACAGGGUUUGUACAAAGGUAAUAAAGUGGUCCAUAUAUAUGAUACACUGGUUUAUUACAAAAGUCUUUAUCUGUGCUCGAUGUAAAUCUUUCCCUCAUUAACCCAGAUGACAGCACACAUACACGAUUCAUACAAACAACGUGCUGAUGCUUCACAUCCUCUGAGCUUUGCUCCGUCCCUCCUGAUUAAAACCGCUUUACUGUGUUGAU